AUGCAUACAGAUUUUUAUGAAUCUAAGUUAAAGCGAAAAAAGAUUCAAUUUCUUAUUGAAGAAAUACCUACAAUAGAACAUAUUAAAAAAUCAUGUUUUUCAAUUUUUAAAGAUCGUUUUUGUCCAAUAUGUAAUAUAGAAAAAGAAGAAUUUAAUCAUGUUUGGACAUGUAACCAAAGAUCAGAAGACAAUUUUAUAUUAAUUCAACAGAUAAAACAAAUUUUAAUUGAUAGUAUUAAUGAUCAUAUAGAAAAUCAAGCAUUAUAUGUAGAAGAUAUUGAUUUGCCAGAUUUACCUUAUAUUUGGGAUAAUUCAAUUAGAGAAGAUUUUUUUACAAGUAUUGAUAUAAUAAAAGGAAUAAUUCCUUUAAGUUUAUGUAAAUUUAUUAAUGGAAAAUUAAAAAAUUAUAAAAAAACAAAGGAAAUUUUAUAUAAUUUCCGGAAAAUUUCUUUCAAUUUAAUUAGAGAUUUUUGGAAUGAACGAUGUUCUGUCUAUCAUGAAAUUAAUAUCGCAUUAGGAAUUACAAAAAAUGUUUUAAAAGAACAAUAUGGUAAAGAAAAAUGUAUAACAACAAAAAAACCUCCUACAGAUAAAAAAUAUAAUGAUACAGAAGGAUUAGUUAAUUACAUUAGAUAUGGAGGAAAAAUAAUUGAUUACUAUAAUUGUUGUGUACCAUAA